GUAGUUUUUUAGCGGGAAAGAGGCCACUUUACCACAACUGCACAAAAAAAAAUAAUCAGUAAUAUUCCAAUUACGUCACGAGGAUCCUUUCUGUAGCCCCCGAUUCUGACCCAGUGAGCGUAGUAUUUUUAAAAAAUAAAACUGAGGGGGAGCUAUCAAGUCCCGCCCGGCGGGGCCUCGGCUGAGGAACGCCUCCUUCCCUCAGUGACAACAACGAGGCUUCCUGCCGGUGGCCGGAGACAGAAGAGGCUGUUGGUGUCGCUGGACUCGUCCCGCGGGCUGAGUGGAGCUGCUCUGGGGGCGGCCCGUCAGAACUGAGAAGAGGAAGGAGAAGUCAAGCGCAGUCAUGUUUUCUUUCAAUAUGUUUGAUCAUCCAAUUCCCCGAGUUUUCCAGAACCGCUUCUCGACCCAGUACCGCUGCUUCUCAGUGUCCAUGCUCGCCGGGCCUAAUGACAGGUCAGAUGUGGAGAAAGGCGGGAAGAUAAUCAUGCCACCUUCUGCUUUGGAUCAACUCAGCCGACUUAAUAUCACUUAUCCGAUGUUGUUUAAACUGACUAAUAAAAACUCAGACCGAAUGACCCACUGUGGGGUUCUUGAAUUUGUGGCCGAUGAGGGCAUUUGUUACCUUCCACACUGGAUGAUGCAGAACUUGCUACUGGAGGAAGGAGGCCUCGUGCAGGUGGAGAGUGUUAAUCUCCAGGUGGCAACUUAUUCGAAAUUUCAGCCUCAGAGCCCUGAUUUCCUUGACAUCACCAACCCUAAAGCUGUAUUGGAAAACGCUCUGAGAAAUUUUGCUUGCCUGACCACCGGAGACGUCAUUGCUAUCAACUACAAUGAGAAGAUCUACGAACUACGAGUCAUGGAGACCAAGCCUGACAAAGCUGUGUCUAUCAUAGAGUGCGACAUGAAUGUAGAUUUUGAUGCACCGCUGGGUUACAAGGAACCAGAAAGACAGGCACACCAUGAAGAAUCCACUGAUCCUGAAGCAGAUCCUAGUCGUUAUGUGACAGAGAUAGGAUUCCGUGCAUUUACAGGAUCUGGGAACAGGCUGGAUGGGAAAAAGAAAGGCGUCGAACCAAGUCCUUCACCAAUUAAGCCUGGAGAUAUUCGAAGAGGAAUACCCAAUUAUGAAUUCAAAAUUGGCAAGAUCACAUUCAUCAGAAAUUCACGGCCACAAGUGAAGAAAAUGGAAGAGGAUGAGCCUGGAAGCCGCUUCAUUGCAUUUUCUGGAGAAGGCCAGUCACUGCGCAAGAAAGGAAGAAAACCCUAAAUCUGGACCCCUUGGCAGAGGGACAAUAAAAUAACCGUGCAGCCCUGUUCUCCUUUUACGUUUUCUUUCUUUAAAAAGGGGGACUCUUGCUCCUAAGUAUUUUGGCCCGGUUUGAAUCUUAAAUUGGACCUUCCAAUUCAGGGCUGUUUUUCCUUUUUCAGAGGAAAGCUUAAGCUGCAGGUUGAAGCUUACCAAGACUUCUCUCUGUCCAACUGCAGAAAGCAGAGCUUAUAGCACAGUGUCAUCCUGCUUAAGAGUAGUGGACUUUUGAUCAUUCACCUGGAAGGCAGCUUUCUUUUUAUGAGCUAUUUCCACUUUGAAUUCUUGUUGCAAAGCUAAGGGGGGGGGAGUACCCCUCCCCCAAAGAAAGCAAUGUGCCUGUUGGAUCCUCUUUCUUACUCCUUUAUUACCCUAUUCAACACUUUGCCCUGGCUAGAAGCUAAAAUGUGAUCUCGGGGGUGGGGUGGGGGUGGAGUUAGGUGUGAAGCUGCUACAAUAUAUUCUCAACCUGAGGCAAAUGCCUUCAAGGGUGGGGAAUCAGCUUGCCUGGCUUAUUUGCUUGUGAAAUUAAGGGAUCUGUCUCUUUAGAUGCUGGGUGAUUCUGCAGUCCAAGAAUUGGUGUAACUUUGUUUGUUACUCCAUGAUAACUGUGCUAUGCUAUGGUUUCCCUUCCUUUCCUGGAUAAUAAAUAAUAUUAACACCC